GAGUACCUGAGUAAUAUGGUACUUAGCUACUUGUCUUUGCCCAGUGUGUUUCAAAUCUGGUCCUGUGGAUCUACAGGGGUUGCCAGCUUUUGUUCCAAUGUCAGGCGAUUUGGUGAAUUGGGUGUGCUGGGCUGGAACAAAAGCCUGGGGCCCCAGGACCUGAAUUGAAGCCUGCAUGCAUGUAAUCCCUACUUUUUAUUCGGUUAAAAGAGCCCAUUGUCAUCAGCUGGAGAUUUUCUCAGCAUUGCCCCACCACAACUCUACUUGGCAGCUGUUGUGAAAGUGGAUAGUGCAGUUGUGUACCCUUCGAUUGUAUGGCAACAUGCAUCACGCCCUUCCCUCCUCCAACUGCUAGCCAUAACCUGGAACUAAAGCGACGCUGAAAAUUACGUGAAAAAUAAAUAAAUAAUGCAAACUGGGGUGUGCAUUUUGUCGCAGAUGCUGCAGUCUGUUUUUGUUAAGAAUACUGGACUGUGUUUGUAAUAGGGGUUUGUUCCCUGAAAGAUUGCGAUUGGAAUAUGAACACCGACAAGACAUAGACAGCAUCGCUAUCAUCGAGUGACCUGGAUGUGAAAUCCAAAUAGGCCGUAUAUUGGUCUAUUAUUUUGACAGCACAGGAUCAGAGAAGAGAAAAAAAAACAUCGCGAAAGCGAGAGGGUGAUGAUAGGAGUUGCUAGUUAGCUAACUAACACAUCAUCAGGACUUGAUUCCAUCGUGUGUUACAAUCGGCAUUGCGAGACUAAUGGUGGACAUAGUCAGGCGUGCAAUGUUAGCCAGUCAGCUAGCUAGCUAACCAGCAGGCUGGAAUGGAAAAUAAGUACUGUCAUAUGAUUUUAGCCAGUUAGCUAGCUAACCUGGCUAAUGGGUAGAAGAGAGCUAGCUAGCCAUGUAUUUCAAUCGGUACAUACUCAUAGUUUCUUGCUAAUUACGUUAGCUUCUUUGCUAGUUACCCGUUUUAUCCCGUAGAAUAUUGCUAGUUUGCGGUUUUUUUGUGCACGCGUACUCCCACGUUUCUUAUUGAUGGAAAUAACCAUUUUGCUGCUGUUGUGACGUGAAACACUGAAAGCUGGCUAGCAAGUUGCUAGGUAACAUAAUUAGCUUGAUAGAUAAACAAUGGCUCAAGAGGCGUUUCCUUUACAUUUUCUGGUUUGGAACAACCAAUACCUUGAGCUUGAACGGGAACUACAGAAAAACGAGGAGAAUGUGGAGCGCUUGGACCCGCGGGGGCGCACCCCGCUAGAGCUGGCCGUGUGUCUAGGCCACCUGGAAUCAACCCGUGUGCUGCUCAGACACUGCGCAGACCCGACGCACUGCAACGCGCAGAGCUGGACUAUUUUGCAGGAGGCAGUGAGCACAGGGGACCCCGAGCUUUGUCAGCUGGUGCUGCAGUACAGAGACUUCAAGCGAGCCACAGAGAGACUGGCUGGCAUCCCAGAACUGCUCAGCAAGCUAAGACAGGCCCGGGAUUUUUACGUGGAGAUGAAAUGGGAGUUCACUAGUUGGGUGCCCCUGGUCUCCAAGGUGUGUCCCAGUGAUGUGUACCGUGUGUGGAAGAGUGGCUCGUGUCUCCGGGUGGACACCACUCUACUGGGCUUCGAGCACAUGACCUGGCUCAAGGGCCGUCGCAGCUACAUCUUUAAGGGCGAAGAGAAUGGUGCCGUGGUGAUGGAGGUGGACCAUGACAAGCAGGUGGUGUACACAGAGCCUCUGUCUCUCUCCCCGCGGGACGCCCCAUCUCUCCUGGCUGCCAUGCUGCCCACCCAGGAGAACACCGCCCAGAGACUCACCUCCCCCAUCGUCUCCACACACCUCAACACACGCAACAUCGCCUUCGAGAGGAACAAGUCUGGCAUUUGGGGCUGGCGCUCUGAGAAGAGUGAGGCAGUCAGUGGCUACGAAGCAAAGGUAUACAGUGCCACUAAUGUGGAGCUGGUGACUCGAUCAAGAACAGAGCACCUGUCGGACCAGGACAAGUCAAAGAGCAAAGGCACCAAGACUCCUCUUCAGUCCUUCCUGGGGAUAGCUGAGCAGCAUACCGCUCAUAAUGGGAGUAAUGUUUCUCAGUGUGCCAGCCCCCAUAACCCCACGGCCAUCACAGCUGAGGAAUACUUUGACCCAGAGUUCCAACUAAACGAACGAGACAUCGGACGCCCCGUGGAGCUCACCAGCAAAGUCCAGAGGUUUAAGGCCCAUCUGUGGUUGAGUGAGGCUCACCCUCUGUCAUUGGCUGAGCAGGUCACGCCCAUCAUUGACCUCAUGGCCAUCUCUAACGCCCACUUUGCCAAACUACGUGAUUUCAUCACCCUGAGCCUGCCCCCUGGCUUCCCUGUCAAAAUAGAGAUCCCUCUGUUCCAUGUGUUGAAUGCUAGAGUGACCUUCAGUAACCUGUGUGGCUGUGAUGAGCCUGUCAGCUCUGUCAAUGUACACACACCAGAGGAGGCCCCCGAAGCUGGGCAGGCCCCCCCUCCCUUUCACUGCGAGGUGGACCCCUCCGUUUUUGAACCACCCCCGGACUACACCACGCUUGGUCCGGGCCGCAGCGAGCCAAUGAGAGACGAGGAUGAUAACUUGCUGCAGUUUGCCAUCCAGCAGAGCCUAUUGGAUGCAGGGACAGAGAGCGACCAGGUGACUAUAUGGGAAGCUCUGACUAACAGUCGUCCUGUUUCUGGGCACAUACAGUCACCACUGUACGAGGACGACUCUCAGCUGGAGAGGGCGAUCCAGGAGUCCCUGUCGAUCUCAUUGGCUAGUGGUGAGGAAGGAGAUCCCGCAUCUCCCCUGUCAGUCUCGUCGUCGGACCCCGGAGCCAACUCCCCUCCCUCCUACAGCUCAGUGGCUGAGCCGCGGUUGCCGGGGCCGUUUUCCGUGGUGAACAGCUUUGACGAGCAGCUACGCAUCGCCAUGGAACUCUCGUGCAGGGAGCAGGAAAAGAUGGACAGGGAAAGGCAGCAGGAAGAGGAGGAGCUGGAGAGGAUCCUUCAGCUUUCCCUCUUAGAGAAGUAGCCAUGACGACCGUAGAGGCGGGGUCUUGAUUGAGGAACAAACGUGUUAAUUUAUUUAAUUGUUUUAUCCUGCAGUGUUAAAUUAUUAUUAUUUUAUUGUUUAUUUUAUGAUGUGUUAAUGGGGCACUGAAAGAGUAUUGGACCAGAAUGCAGGGAGGGAGGGAGUUGGACAUGGUACUGGCCGCAGGGUGGGUAUAAGCAAUAGGGUGGAAACUACUUUCCAUUCACCAGUGGGCAACUGCCAUAUUUGCUGUCGCCUGUCCAGUGGGAAAGGUUGGUUAGAGAGAUGGAAAGGGGGAGAGGUACUGGGAGGGAAAGAUGGUCAAACUAGCAGUGAGGCUAUGAGAGCAGAUACUUUUGGAUGGAUGAAGAGGGAUUGAGAGAACUUUUCUUUUAGUUUUCUUUUUCACAACCCUGCUGUCAUUAUUUGAGUGAUAAAAAUCCUUAAACCUUUGACCUAUGAUACAAGCUAAUAAUAGUGACAUACGAUUUUAAAAAUGCUUAUAUAAGAUUAUUGAAAAAAAUAUAAAUUAUGUUAUAAUGUUUGAAACAGAAUUAUGUUGGUUGACUCUUGCGUGUGACUUGGAAAAUACAUUUACUCAAUGUUCCUGAAGAAUUUGUGUGGUAGUCCAUUUCUGAAUGUGUGUGUGUGAAGAUGAGAAGCUGACCAUUCACAGACAUCUUGGUCAGUGUUAGUCUUUAUGCAAAAUGUUAUUACACAAAAUCUAUAUAACAUUGUGUUAUUUUCAACUCGAGAAAAGCAGGAGCUGUAAAAAUAAAAUAUAAAAAAAGCCAGCAUGAUUCAAACAAGACGAUAUUUACAUAUCAUUACAGUUUAAACUUGAUUUUUUUGUAGGGCUUAUUUGAAAAAAGUAGUUUGAAUUACAUUUGAUUCACUGAAAUCCAUUCUACACAUAUUGGCAUUGGCACAAGGAUGAUUUUCAAGAUGUUGCCUUGCCAUCAUGACUUUAUGGUACAAAUUCCACUGCUUGUAUACCACUUUGUGAGAAAUAAAACCAUGCUAGAUGUUGUAGAUGACGUAGCUACAUACUGUUAGUGGUGAUUUAGACAACGCCCUUGUAGAGUUGAUUAAACUGGAGUGUGUUUUCCUCUGUGACAGUG